UGCUUAGCGGCUAGUUGGCAAAGAGUUUUCAGAGCGAAAAGUACGCGAGGCUAAAAUACAAUGUCCGAGAAUAUUAAGAUGACAAAAAAUCGUCGCUUCGAAGCGGAAGAUUCUGGCCUGGGCGAGCGCCACAUGCAAAUAUUUCUGCUCUUUUGCGGUCUAAUGGUUGGCUUUGCCAUGCGUGUCAAUCUCUCCGUGGCUAUUGUGGCCAUGACGGAGCUGCCCGAAUAUCAAUGGACCGAGCGCAUAAAGUCUCUGGUGUUGAGCAGCUUCUUUUGGGGCUACGUCAUGACCCAGGUGCCAGCUGGCAUCUUGGCACGUAAAUUUGGUGCCAAGGCAACGAUUGUAACAGGUUUGUCCAUCUGCUCCGUGCUGAAUGUUUUCACGCCAAUCUGUGCGCGACUGGGAGGCUGGCAGCUGCUGUGUGCCGUGCGCUUGCUCGAGGGCAUCUGCCAGGGCGUACUGUAUCCGUCGUAUCACACGUUGAUCAGCUCCUGGGUGCAGCCCAGUGAACGCGCCUCGCUGGGCACCUACGCCUACAUGGGCGCUCAAUUCGGAACUAUUGUCAUGUUGGCCACCAGCGGCAUAUUGGCCGCCAUGGCUGGCUGGUCGAGCAUCUUCUAUAUAUCGGGAGGCGUCGGCUGCAUUUGGGUAGCCGGUUAUUGGCUGCGUGGAUCCAGCUCGCCAGCGCAGUCGAAAUAUAUCUCGCAGGAGGAAAAUCAAUUGAUUGAGUUAGCGCAAGCCAGAGAAGUGGAUACCAAAUUGGAGCAGCCCAAAGAGACUUUGUCUCCGCCCUGGCUGAGUUUCUUCACAUCGCCAGCCUUUCUGGCUCUCACAGCCACACACUGCGCUUCGACCUGGGGCUUUUGGACGCUGCUGACACAGAUUCCGAACUACAUGAAGAAUGUCCUGGGCAAGGAUAUCAAAUCGAAUGCGCUGCUCUCCUCUCUGCCUUACACAAUGAUGCUCUUGCUCAGCUGGUUCUUUGUCUGGCUCUCCAAGAUAUUGCAAAAGAAAUCCAUUUCGCUCAGCUUCAGUCGCAAGUUCUUCAAUACACUUGGCCAAUUUGUGCCGAUGUUGCUGCUUGUCGCACUGGGCUAUGUGCAACAGGAACAGGACACACUCGCCGUCAUCUUGCUCUGCCUGACUGUGGGCCUUAACUCCGGCUCUCAGCUGGGCUUCGUUAUCAAUCAUAUUGAUCUCUCGCCAAACUUUGCUGGCGUUCUGAUGGGCAUCAGCAAUGGCAUUGCGAAUAUCAUGAGCAUUGCGGGUCCACUCUUAGUUGGGGUUGUUGUUACCAAUGAGAAAGAUGCCAGUCAGUGGCGCAUUGUGUUCUUUGUGACAGCCGCUUUCUAUUUGGUGGGCAACGGACUCUUCCUCAUCUUUGGCAGCGCUACGAUUCAGGAUUGGAAUGAUCCAACAGCAAAGAACCAUCGCAGCCCCACGCCACAAUUAGAGUCACAGAAAGAGGCCGAAGGCAGUUAGACUAAGCUUAAAUAUACGUCACAUGUUAUUUACUACAAUAAAAUAAAAAUAAUCUUGA